CAUCAUCAGUCGUUCACCUGAUCAUCCUUCAUCAGUAUAUCAUGCAGGUGAUCAUCAUCCACAUGUGCCGCGUGUGAAAGCUGAUUUGCUGUGUGUUUCUUGUGUUGUUGUGAGCAGUGGGAGGGUCAGUGCUGUGUUGUGUUGUGAGCAGUGGGAGGGUCAGUGCUGAGGGUUCAUCUGGACUGACCGACUGACCGCUGGAUCUGAGCUGCCGGAUCUCUGCAGGAGCCGCCGAGUUUCCAGCGCACGGAAGUAUCGGGUGUGGAAUAUUCUGGUCACUGUUCACAAUAUCAGCCACAACUGUUGAGUCCAUCAGGAGAGACACAUUCACAGCAAACCACAGUCUGAACAUGAGGAGCAUCACGUGUUUCAUAACUGUUCUUUUGUGCCUGAAAAGCGCGACUUCAGAUUCCAGUGUGAUCUGUGAGCUUAAGGAUGUAUCCGGAAACAGAAACGAUUGGAUCGUCCUGCAGGAAAUGUAUCUGGGAUGCUGGACGAACUUCACCAGCCUGAACGGGACAAAAGUCCACAUCCUCAAGCUACUGUCCUCAACUGAACAACACUCAAUGUUAGAGCUAAACGUAACUGUGGCAAACCCAUCAGUGGUGAUCAUCACCUCCAGCAGCGAUUACACCAUCCUGCUUCAAGACAAUCCCACAGUGGACAUCUAUAAAACAAAUGGGGCCUUAAUAAAUUUUAUCCUGCCAACUGGAAAACGUCCACAACCUCACAUUGCCCCGUUCACAAACAGCGAUUCUGAGCUUCUGAAAUGGGCAGCAGAGACAUUUGGUGGAGUCACAUCCUUCACCACAGCACGAGAUCCCAAGAUCAUCACUUUCACUGGGAUGAAGGGAACACAGCAAUCCUCAACAUGUGACCUGCAGCCAGAAAUAGCAGCAGAUAAACAGUUAAUUAAGAUGUCUCUGAAAUCUCCAACUGAUGACCUCAAAUCAUGUUACACAAAGCAUUCUGGAGAACCGAUUCACGUCAUCAAUAUUCCUGAUGAUGUCAAAAUAAGGCAUGUUAAUGUGCAUUUGCCAUCCAAGUCCAAAGUGACCCUGAGAGGUCCAGCAAACACUGAGUGGACAAUCCACAACAGUUUCGGCGUCAAAUUACUGUCUAACAAUCUUGUAACCUUAAAUGGGAAGAAGUCGCUUCCGAACCAGACAAUCUCGGAUGAACCUAAAGAAAUCAGGCAGAAGGUGUUUUCUUACUACAAGAGCACCUUCAUCACCAGCUACUCUGAGAUCCAUCUGAACGUGUCACACAUCCAGCUGUGGAUCAGGGACAACAAUAACUUUUCAGUACCUGUAGAAGUGGAGCCCACGACAUCAGCACCGGUUCCUCUUCAGAUGCAGCUGUUCUCGUCUCCAGACUACACGUUUCCUCUAGAUCCCAGCAGAAAAGUUCCGAGUGACAAGAGGAUCUAUGCAGAGAUCUCAAGUCAGAGCUUCGGAGAGAUUCCCUUAAGCAUGAAGGUCAGCAGCUGUCAGGUUAGCUCCAUGCCAGAGGUGAGGGACAUGCCGUUUAAAGAGGAGGCGUGUCACAAUAAGGACUGUCCCAAGAGACUCCGAUUUUCCUUUGAAAUGCUUGGGAACCUGCCUUCCAGCUCAUGGGACCUCAAAUGUGCAGUUCAACUUUGUCAUGAAAGUGGAAAGUUUUGUACAAAGGAAACACAAGUAAAGAGAAACUUCCAGGUCAAGCCAUAUAUCCCAAACAAAAAUCCAUGUUUUGAGUUUGGGCUCUCAUCUGUUCUGGGAAUCGCGUUUGGAGGAUUUCUGAUCGGAGUUCUCCUCACUGGUGCUUUAUGGUUCAUUAAGAUACGCACAGGGCAUCCUGUGGCUCUGGGAAUGCGAUCAACGGCGGCCGAGCUCUCAGUCCUCUCUAUAACCGGAUGCCCGUGUGGUCUGACCAAACGGCAGCCAGUGCCCACCCACCAGUCUCCCUCAGAGAACAGCAGUGGCAAUGCCAGCAUUGGCAGCACCCAGAGCACGCCCACGAGCAGCAUGGCAUAACGCCGUCACCCUGUGUCACUCGUCUCCUAAUGCUCGCUCACUCUCAAAGCCAUCUUGCUCCACGCAUCCCAUCAUCCCGAGCAAGAGAAAAAGAGAGGCGUAGCAGUCCUCAAACAUUCCCUGUACUUCACAAUACUCCAUUUGCUCCCCCGGCUACGGGAAGUCAGUAGGGACGAAGAACAAAAAAAGAAAAGGCAUGGCUCCCAGAGACAGGAAAAACAACGCAUAACCCCCAGGAACUAACAGGAAAUUUGUCGCAUUCUUGUGCCGGUGCCUCUCUGAUGGAGGCAAAAUAAGAUUUCACAGACAAACAUUAGUCUGACGUAUCAGUUCGCUUUAAGAUGG